AUGGGAGGGGCUUGGUGCCCGAAGGCCCAGAUCUCUUCCGAGGUGCGGGAGUACCUGGAAGUUGACCUGGGCCGAGACCACCUCAUCACGAAGACGGAGACCCAAGGGAGGUUCGGCAACGGUCAGGGGCAGGAAUACGCUGAGUCCUUCCUCGUCGAGUACUGGAGGGAUGCCCUGGGCCAGUGGGUCGUGUACAAGGACUCGAAGGGCAGACAAAGAGAUGGACCAGGCCGCAGCCUCCCUGCCCAUGACAACCGGGAGAUAACGUCUUCACUUAAUUCAGGCCGAUUUAGAGAUCCUCGAGGGAGGACUAUCUUCAUCGUCCAUCUCUUAUCUCUAAGCUCCGGAUCUCGUGGCAGAGCGCAGUUUGAACCCGAAGGUUCGAUUCCGAUACUACCAAUCGCAGCCUAUCACUCUCUCCGCUGGUCGCGUUCAACCAGAUCACGCCAGAUAAACCUUAACGGAAUCUAUCCUCCUUCUAUCUGGCCUGCUUCUCGGACAAUUACCAGUCGGAACCACAAAUUAACCGUUUAG